GUCUUCUGUUUGAAACUUCAAAACAAUUUCUUUGACAGAUUACAGUACCGUUUUAUACUUGAUAAUGUUUCUGCGGAAUGGCGAAACAUGAAUAUCUAAAUUGAGACAAUUAAAGUCCAUAUACAAUUUCUGCAGAUCGAAUAUUUAGGUUUUUUUUUACAGUACGGAUAUAUAACUUACCACUAUGAGUAACGUGCACGAUGUUAUGGCAAGUAUAUACGACGUUUUGUCGCAAUUACGAUAUCCACAUAUCAGUAAUGUAGAAUCGAAGGAUGUAGGAGCGACGGUACUCAGUGGCGAAAAUCGCGUGUGCCUUCUCUCGUGGCUUCUGACGGAGAAGUCGUCACUCAUCGCCGAUCGACUGAGAAAAUUAAAGGAUGCUGCUCUGGAAGAUCAGUUGUUCGAAUACUAUACUCAAAUUGGGAUCUGCAAUAACAAGGAUGUAUUGUUGGGUAAAUGUUCGAUGAAGGAGCAGCUCCCAACUUUAAGAUUAUUAUUGGAUUUCACGAGGAAAGUACACAUGGAAUUUCCUGUUAACGCAAAUGAAGAAGAAGAGUCAAUCAUGGAUAUUGUUAAAAUGUAUACGGAUGGCGUUGACCAGACACCUUGUCGGUCAAUCCUUAAGUCAAAACUGAACUAUGCCGAAGCGAGUAAAUAUUUUGAAGAAAGUGAGAAGGAAUUGUCCGACAGUAACUGUGCAGAUACAAAAUCUAAUAUGUCCAAUGACACAUAUAUGGAGGUUAACGAUAGAUUGGUUAGCAGAGAGGAAGAAGAUGCACUGUUUAAUAAAGAGGAAGAAAAAUUCAUAGAAGCGUUUCAGACUGUUUCAUCAUGGCCGUUUCAAUCCAGGAACUUGGACCAAACCGUUGUUGACUCUAUUAGUUCAGACAUUAAGAAAAUAUGCUCCAAUUUUUUCACUUUAAAGAAGAUACUGCGGGCGAAAGAUGAGAUAUCGAACAUGGAUUUGACAAAAAGAUUACCCAAGACGAUUACACCAUUAAACGCGACAAUCGAAGACAUAAUUAUUUAUAACGAGGAGCUUGAAAACCAGAAUCUGACCGACAAUGUCGAUUAAUUUUGUAUUUAUAUUUUGUACAAUCCAGUGUAUAUGUAGGUAUAAUUGUCACUCGUAACCUACGAUAUUUCAGACAUUUGUAAUAUAUAAAAAGUAUAAUUGCAAGUUUUCGAAUUUUUAUGAUGAGCAUCGCAGGAAGUUUCCUUAGGAAUUGCUCAAAAUGAUGCACACCUUG